AUGGAAUAUACGCGAGCAGCUCGUUAUCAUUUGGAUGCUCUACAACAAAAUUUCUUGUUUCCAGUUUGCUACAGAAUUAUAUCUCGAUUAAAAAUAUCUUCAGCGCUGCUGUACUUUAUUGAUUCUACUAGUACGUAUGGUAUAGAUGGAGUCGAAUAUUUUGGUGUUGAGAAAAAAGUAUUCACAAUUUCUGGUCAUAAGAUUUAA